ACCAACCGGUGGACACCGUGGAACACAGCGGUGACUCCAUUCGAGGAUAUUGUUAAUGCUCAAUACGAAGGAAAGGGGACAAAGGAGGAGCCGUUCCUCAUUGGAUGGCUCGAUAAUGAUCCUGAGAACCCAAUGAGAAAGAGCGAGCUGUCCAAAUGGGGUCUUACCGUCUUCGUCAGCGUCUCUACACUCGCCGUCUCGCUGGCCUCGUCGGCCUACUCGGGCGCCGUCGCCUCGAUCAAAGAGCUGUAUGGUGGCUCGCAAACCGUCAUUACGCUCGGAGUCUCGCUCUUCGUGCUGGGUUUCGCGUUGGGACCGCUGAUCUGGGCUCCUCUCUCGGAAGUCCUGGGCCGUCGGUACCUCUUCGUCUUCUCCUACUUCAUGCUCACGCUCUGGAACGCUGUCGCUGUUGCGAGCCCAAACCUGGCCUCGCUUCUCGUCUUUCGCUUCCUCGCCGGCGCAUUUGGGUCUUCGCCUCUCACCAAUGCAGGCGGUACAAUCGCAGACUGCUUCAACGCCAAGGAACGAGGCCUCGCAAUGGCCGUCUUCGCGGCAGCACCUUUCAUGGGUCCGGCUCUUGGCCCCAUCACCGGAGGCUUCAUUGGCGACACGGGCAGAGAUGGUAUCCGGUGGGUCAUGGCUUUCCUCGCCUUUUUCACUGUCGCCAUUCUCGUGGUGGGCAUUCUCAUCUAUUCGGAGACCUACGCGCCGGUCCUGCUCCGCCGUCGGGCCGCCAAGCUGAACAAGGCUACAGGCAACCACUACAUCCCUCGCAUGGACAAGGGAAAGGACACAUCGAUCCGCAGCCAAUUUAGUGUCGCCCUGUCCCGCCCUUGGAUGCUCCUGAUCUACGAGCCCAUCGUCUUGCUCCUUUCCCUUUACGUUGCCAUCGUCUAUGCGAUCCUGUACAGCUUCUUCAGCGCCUUCCCCAUCGUCUUCCAGCAGGUUCGUGGCUGGAAUGCUGGCGUGGGCGGUCUCGCCUUCCUCGGCAUUCUCAUCGGCAUGCUCCUCGCUCUCGCCUAUGUAGCCCUCUACGAGAACAAGCGCUACGCUCGCAUCGUCGAUCAGCACGGCGGUGUCACGGCGCCCCCGGAGAACCGGCUGGUCGUUUCGAUGAUUGGCGCGCCACUUCUCGUUCUUGGCUUGGCUGGCUUUGCUGCGACCGAUUUCCCGAGCAUCCAUUGGAUCGUUCCCAUCUUGCUGUCGGCUCCUUUCGGCGGAGGAAUGGUGCUAAUCUUCUUGUCGCUGCAAAACUACUUGAUUGAUUCCUACCUUCUCUACGCUGCCUCUGUCCUCGCAGCUAACAGCGUGGUGCGAUCACUCCUGGGCGCCGCCUUUCCGCUCUUCACGCCUUACAUGUACCACCCUGGCGGUGGAGACAGCUGCCCCGUCGAGAGCUGUGGCAUCCACGUUGGACCUGCCAUCGCUGGAGCACUGGCUCUUCUCUUCUUGCCCGCUCCCUUUUACUUCUACAAGAGGGGCGCAGCGAUCCGCCAAAAGUGCAAGUUCAGUGCAGAGGCCAACAAGAUGCUCCAGAUGAUGAUGCGUGGAUCUGCGGCCCAGCCGCAGCAACCGCAAUCG